GUUCUUUCCACCAUUUCUCGGCGACAGGACCGUGAAGCCGAGGUCAACAGAAGGAGACGAUUAUGGCCUUAUCAUAUACUAUAUAGAGCUAUAUAUAAAAGAUCUCCCAACCACUUGCUCAUUAAAAAACCAAAAAAAUCUAAAGAAGCUUUACACUCAAGUUCAUACACACUCUUUAGUCUUUCACUACCAAUAUAAGUACAUAUGGACAAUUUCUUCUCCAAUUUGGACCAAGCUCUCCCUCAGUACCCCGACUCCUCAUCCAGCGGCGGCAGUUCCAGUGCAAAUUACACUGACUCCCCAGCUCAAAACUCUUAUGAAGUGCUGCUGGCUUCUAGUAAUCCGAAGAAACGCUCCGGAAGGAAGAAAUUUAAGGAGACGCGCCACCCUGUUUACAGAGGAAUCAGGCGCAGGGAUUCAGGCAAGUGGGUUUGCGAAGUUAGAGAACCUACUAAUAAUUCUCGAAUCUGGCUCGGAACUUAUCCCACUGCGGAAAUGGCGGCUCGGGCUAAUGAUGUUGCAGCCAUUGCACUCAGAGGUCGAAAUGCCUGUCUUAAUUUCGCUGACUCUGCAUGGAGGUUGCCUGUACCGGCUUCGUUAGAUGUUAAGGACAUUCAGAUAGCUGCGGCGAAAGCAGCGGAGGCCUUUAGGCCAAAGAAAAAUGAUAAUGCAGCGGGUACAAGUGCGGAGAAGGCAUCAGUGUUUCCCGAAAAUGAGAUGAUGUUGAUGGAUGAUAUAUUUGGAUUUCAUGAAAAUGAUAAUGAGAGGAUUUACGUGGAUGAAGAAGCGAUAUUCGGGAUGCCGCAGCUGAUAAACAGUAUGGCGGAAGGAAUGAUGCUUCCACCCCCUCAAUAUGGUGGCGAUGACAUGGAAGAUGACAAGGAGCUUCCUUUAUGGAGUUAUUCAUUCUAAUAUGCACCCCUGCACUAUAUGUUUAUGUACUACUACUACAGAACUACUAGUUUUUAAUUGGAUGUGCCGACUGCGAGUGUUAAUAAUGUUAAACAUUGUGUAUCUAGUGUGCCACAGUAAGUCCCCAACACUAGGAUUUUGGUCAAAGAAAGUGAAUGUGGAGAUCUCUGUAUUUUAUUCGA